GGGGAGCGCGCCCGGCGCUGGGAGCUGACUGGACCGCUCCAGACGGCGGCGCGUGCGGCGGCUCCUGAAAGCAGCGAGUUGGCCGAGCCCGGCUGCAUUUCCAGCAGGAGCUGCGAGCACUGUGCGGGCUCACAACAAGAUGCUCAAGGUGCCAGCCGUAUUGUGUGUGUGUGCAGCCGCUUGGUGCAGUCAGGCUCUCGCAGCUGCCGCGGCGGUGGCUGCGGCCGGGGGGCGGUCGGACGGCGGUAAUUUUCUGGAUGAUAAACAAUGGCUCACCACAAUCUCUCAGUAUGACAAGGAAGUCGGACAGUGGAACAAAUUCCGAGACGAAGUAGAGGAUGAUUAUUUCCGUACUUGGAGUCCAGGAAAGGCCUUUGAUCAAGCUUUAGAUCCAGCUAAAGAUCCAUGCUUAAAGAUGAAAUGUAGUCGCCAUAAAGUAUGCAUUGCUCAAGAUUCUCAGACUGCAGUCUGCAUUAGUCACCGGAGGCUUACACACAGUAUGAAAGAUGCAGGAGUAGGCCAUAAGCAGUGGAGGGGUCCCAUAUUAUCCACCUGCAAGCAGUGCCCAGUGGUCUAUACCAGCCCCGUUUGUGGUUCAGAUGGUCAUACCUACUCUUCUCAGUGCAAACUGGAAUAUCAGGCAUGUGUCUUAGAAAAACAGAUCUCCGUCAGAUGUGAAGGACGUUGCCCGUGUCCUUCGGAUAAGUCCACAAGUACAAGCAGAAAUGUCAAGAGAGCAUGUAGUGACCUGGAAUUCAGAGAAGUUGCAAACAGAUUGCGGGACUGGUUCAAGGCCCUUCAUGAAAGUGGAAGCCAAAAUAAGAAGACAAAAGCAUUACUGAGGCCUGAGAGAAGCAGAUUUGAUACCAGUAUUUUGCCAAUUUGCAAAGAUUCACUUGGCUGGAUGUUUAACAGACUUGAUACAAACUAUGACCUAUUACUGGACCAGUCAGAGCUUGGAAGCAUUUACCUGGAUAAGAAUGAACAGUGUACAAAGGCAUUCUUUAAUUCUUGUGACACGUACAAGGACAGUUUGAUAUCUAACAAUGAAUGGUGCUACUGCUUCCAGAGACAGCAAGACCCACCUUGCCAGACGGAGCUCAGCAAUAUCCAGAAGUGGCAAGGAAUAAAGAAGCUCCUGGGACAGUACAUUCCACUGUGUGAUGAAGAUGGUUAUUACAAGCCCACACAAUGCCAUGGCAGUGUUGGGCAGUGCUGGUGUGUGGACAGAUAUGGAAAUGAAGUCAUGGGAUCCAGAACUAAUGGUGUUGCAGGUUGUGCUAUCGAUUUUGAGAUCUCUGGAGAUUUUGCGAGUGGAGAUUUUCAUGAAUGGACUGAUGAUGAAGAAAAUGAAGAUGAUAUUAUGAAUGAUGAAGAUGAAAUUGAAGAUGAUGAUGAAGAUGAAGGGGAUGAUGAUGAUGAUGAUGGUGAUGAUCAUGAUGGGUACAUCUGAUUGAUGAGAGCUGAGAUCAAUAAACUUUAAAUUUCUAUUAUUUACAAAGUGAUAGCCCUAUUGAGAAUUACCUUCUUGCCCCCAAACAAAAUGAUUCUAAAACUCACAUAUAUUUUGUAUAAUUAUUUCAAAUAUUGCAACUAAAGUCAUAGAACUUUAUGUUUAAAUAAGAAUAAUUUACUUUGAGUGUUUUAUGCCUUAGAGAAAAAGAAAGCAAAUAUGGAGUCUAGCCAGAAGAAAGAAAGUUAUGAAGAGUUACUGAUAAAAUUCAUAAGAACUAUGUAAAUCUCCCACAAACAAAAUAACAUUCAAUGCUUGAGAUCAUCUGUGUUAUUUUUCUGAGAGAUAUCCUAAAUUAAAUGUACAAAAACUUAUUGGUGACCUGGGUCCCAAGGAUUUUAUGAAACUAUGCAUGACCUUAACUGGAAUUCCAAAGUAGCAUCUUCCCCAACCUAGAGCGUGUUCGUGAUGAGUGAGGGGAUACCACAGGGUAAGAAAAAUAAACUGACGAUUGUAGAGUCCUCCAUCUUAUUUACAUUAUUAGUGACUUUUUAAAUUAUGCAAUUAUUCUGGAUAUGAUAAGAUAUUUUACGAAAUGGCAAGAAAGGAAAUCUAUGGAUUCUGAAAGUUUAAAACUUAUCUGUCUUUUCUAAUUUUUAUUUUAAUUUGGAUAGCAGUUCCAUGUAGAUGUUUUUUAUAUUCUUAAACAGCAUGAUUUCUUUACCUUUCCAAGUUUCUUUAUCUUUCUGACCAGCAACUUAGGGUGCAGAACUUAAAGUAGAAGACAAAGGGAAAGAUUCAUUUAAAGCAUAUUUUCACAUACAGUUUGUCAUUUGCCCCAAUGUCAAAUAUAAAAAUCUUAGUUUUUGUUUUAUUUCCUAUUUUAGAUAAAAAUUUGCAUUUAAUCUAAGAAUUAUACCAUUUUUGUUACUAGUGUCAAAACUUAGAGAACGUAUUGUAUGGUGCCUUGCAAAAUAGAAAUAGAAAGAUUUUAGCAUGCAUACCAAUAUAGGAUAUUAGGCAAUAUAUAAGCACACCUAAUUAACAGAUUAAUACCAGUCAAGGUACUGCUGCUGCUGGAAUGAAGAAAAUGGAAUAUGUUUCUUUCUUUUUUUCUAUUGUUACAUACUUGCCAUGUGGACUUGUUUAUGAUUAUUGUGUAGAGUAGCAUUUAAGAUUUAACUGUAACAAAAAUUAAUUGCUAUACUUAAGUUAGCAUGUUAAUUAAUUGUGUGGACAUUUUGGCACACCUUCAUUUUUAAGUAUAUCAGACCUAUGGUUUUGUGCCCAUAAUAAAAAUGGAAAAAACUUGUCGAAUAUUUCACCUUGGUAUUAUAAUUUAAACAGUGGGUCAACUGGUCUCCCAAUAUAUAUAUAAUUCAUUGAAAGGAAAAUUGGUGGAUUCUUUCCAUUUGAUUAAUACACACUAAAAAAGAAACUUCAAUGUUAACUUUAUGUAAUAUUUAAAGUAUACUGCAUUUUCUUUUUUUACUGUUUAUGUAUAGUUUAAAAAAUAAAGAAUCUUGUAACCAAA